AUGUGUUAACAUAAUGAAAAAGAUUGGAGAGAAUUAACAAGAAAAUGUAAAAAUGAAGCAUAAUUUGAUAUGUUGGAAUUGAAUUUAUCAUGUCCUCACGGAAUGACAGAAUUAGGAAUGGGUAGAGCAUGUGGAGAGAAUCCAUAAAUAGUAAAGGAUAUUUGUGAAUGGGUAACAUCUGAGAUAGACAUUCCUGUUAUUGUUAAGAUUACUCCAAAUUAUCCUGAUUCAGCAGUUAUUGCUUAAGCUGCAAAAGAUGGUGGAGCAAAAGCAGUUACAUUAACUAAUACUUUUCCUACUUUAAUGGAUCCAGAUCCUUUAGGAACACCUUGGCCAGCUGUUGGAGAAGAAAAUAAUGUUACCUAUGGUGGAGGAUGUGGAUCUAUGUUAAGACCUAUUGCUUUGAGAAAAACUUCAGAAGUUGCUAAAGCUAUCCCUGAUCUUAUCAUAUUUGGUAGUGGAGGUAUCAUUCAAGGUGAUCAUGCACUCUCAUUCUUAAGAUAUGGAGCCUCUGCCUUUUAAAUUUGUUCAGCUGUGUAAGACUAAGAUUUCGCUACAGUCUUCUAUGAUCUUAAAACUAGUCUUUAAGCACAUCUUUUUGCUUCUAAUCAUCUUAAUUAAAAAUAAUGGAAAGGAUAAUUCCCAACCACUUCUAAACCUGCCUAUUCAUUCAGUUCCAAUAAUAAAAUCAAAAAUCUUGUAGGAACUGGAUUACAUCAUAUUAAAGAUAUAGCUGAUAUGAAAAGAGAGAACUUCUUAAUCCCUAAAAUUAAUGAAGAUUCUUGCUUAAAAUGUGGUAGGUGCUAUUUAACCUGUUUAGAUUCAGGAUAUUAAGCAAUUAAAUUCGAUAAUUUUAAUUCCUACCCAAACAUUAUUGAAGAAUUAUGUACUGGUUGUGCUCUAUGUCAUGCUGUAUGUCCUGUUGAAGGUUCUAUCUCCAUGGAAAUUAGAGCCACUGAUAUUGUUGUUAAUAGAGGCAUUCCUUUAGAAAAUGAACCUGAAGGAUUGAUCAAUCAUAUUACAAGCAAAAAAAAAUGA